CGCGCGGGCAUAUUAUUGUCAUCACGAUUAACUUCUGUCACGCUGCUCGCAGUGUUCACACAGAACUCAGCAGGGCUUGUUUAGCAGUGGGCUGACAGAACCAGAACAAUAAAAGCAGCUCACUCCUACUCAAAUGCUACCCGUGAACCUUAUUCAACACUCUGAUAGUCGGUUUCAUCGAAGUCUGAGAACGUGAGGCAGCUAAUUGGAAUUUGCUGCAGUGAAUCUGGGCAGCUUUCUUGUGUUCUAGAAUAGAUGACGGGCAGGAAAACAACAUCAAUGCUUUUAUAUGAAGGUUGGCAUGUUCACAACGUUUCCUAGGCUUAGGACUGAUAUCUUGAUGUAUUAUACGGUGGUUUCUUGAGUAAAUGCCUUGCAUUUUUAGGUUUCAGAGACUUCCUCUACUCAGCUGAAGCAAGAUUUCUCGCUCACAUGAGAUCCCUUUGAUGGAGGAGCAUGGAAGCGAAUGUGUUUUGCUCAUCCGGCUCCUUCUAGCCAUGACAACCUCGGAGACAAGCCAAAUCAAACCAGACCACCUCAAUCCAAACAGCAGACAAACCAUGAAAAUGAGAAAGAUUAGAGAGACAGAGAGAGGGAGGCAUUAUGAAGAUAGAAAUGAGCACUGCUCUGCUUUUAUUUCUAGUACUUCAAACUAGAUAAUAAAGUAGAGGAAGGAAGGCUGGAAAGACGAAGAAGAACAGAACUGUCAGUGAAAUCGGGAAGAUUCGCGGCCCCCUGGUCUGUGCAGUGGACUCCACAGUCUCCUGCCAUUUCUUGCACUCACCAUUUCUAUCAGUAGGGUGCUCGUCAUUAAUUCAUUACGUAGAGCACACUAAAUUAGCCCUCGUUAGCCACCGACUGUUUGCUUUAUUUUAUUUGACAUCAUUAGCCCCUCAAUAAGAGAGCAUUUAUAGCCCCCUCACCUAGCAACCUGCAUCUGUGAGCGAGCAAGCAAGCAAUGCUACCCCAGCCCCCCUCGCUCACCCUCGACCCACAGGGCUUCCCAGACCCCCCUGCCACCCUCUGGUCCCCACACCUCCCGUGUCUCGUUCGGAGAGUCAAACGGAUGUCUGUGGCCCAGGUGCCUCCCCUGAUGACGUGUGUCAUGCGUUGGUGACAGGGCAACAACAGGCAUACACUCUCUCCUUCCUGCGCUCUCUCUCUCUCAGUAGACACUUAUAAGUUCGGACACUUUUUUCCAAUGAGCCAUCUUGAUUUCAGAUCAUUUGUGAAGCUUAACUUAAAAUGGAUGCUGAAGGACUUUGCAGACACCACUGAAGUAGACAACCCUCAUAGUUGUGUUGGGGUCUGAUGCUGGGACGCAAGGACGACGCAUGGGAAAUCUGGGCUGCCUGUUUCCGCUGGAUGCCAUGAAUGCAGGGAAUAGACCCAAGGGAGAGCCAUUGCUGUCAAAUGAGUCACAAGGUCAAUGAGUCUCUCAGAGACUCACCUGUGAAUUUUGAAUCAAAACCGCAAUUUUGUUUCUAAAAACUCUUAUUAGGGCCUUUUUUUUUUUUGUGGCCUUACUUGAGCCUCCUUGAGACUCUGAACAUUAAAUCGUCUUGGGGUAACAGGAGAGACCUCCUUGAGGAAAAAGAAAGAACUUGGAGAGGAAUCAUCAAACUGGACUCCAUGACAAGAAAAGUCCAGGCCAGGAGAGUUUUGCAGCCUCUUUGCACAGAAAUGAAGGCACAGAAAUCAUGGAUAGAAAGAGCUUUCAGCAAGAGAGAAUGUGUGCACAUUAUUGUAAGCACCAAAGACCCCCAUAGGUGCUGUUGUGGCCGUCUAAUUGGUCAACAUGUUGGCCUGCCCCCCAGCAUCUCAUCCAAUCAGAAUGAGAAGUCAGAGCGUGUGCCAAAGAAUGACAGCUUGUCAGAGAAGUGGUCCAUCAGCAAGCACACCCAGCUCAGUCCCACUGACGCAUUUGGAACCAUUGAGUUCCAGGGAGGUGGACACUCCAACAAAGCAAUGUAUGUACGAGUGUCUUACGACACUAAGCCAGAUUUACUGCUGCAUCUGAUGACAAAGGAGUGGCAACUGGAGCUUCCCAAACUGCUCAUCUCUGUCCAUGGAGGACUUCAGAACUUCGAGCUGCAGCCCAAACUCAAGCAAGUCUUCGGCAAGGGUCUCAUCAAGGCAGCCAUGACCACUGGGGCCUGGAUCUUCACUGGAGGAGUUAAUACUGGAGUCAUAAGGCACGUUGGUGAUGCUCUAAAAGACCACGCUUCCAAAUCGAGAGGGAAGAUCUGUACUAUCGGUAUUGCCCCCUGGGGGAUUGUGGAGAACCAGGAAGACCUGGUGGGCAAAGAUGUGGUCCGGCCGUACCAGACAAUGUCUAACCCUCUUAGUAAGCUAACGGUACUCAACAGCCUACACUCCCACUUCAUUUUGGCUGAUAAUGGCACCACCGGAAAGUACGGAGCAGAAGUCAAACUGCGCAGACAGCUAGAGAAGCACAUCUCUCUGCAAAAGAUCAACACACGGAUUGGACAGGGUGUUCCAGUGGUGGCUCUGAUAGUGGAGGGGGGUCCUAAUGUGAUCUCUAUCGUGCUUGAGUACCUGAGAGACACUCCUCCUGUGCCUGUGGUGGUGUGUGACGGCAGCGGUCGUGCCUCUGACAUCCUGGCCUUUGGGCAUAAGUACUCAGAGGAGGGCGGAAUCAUAAACGAAUCUUUGAGAGACCAGUUACUAGUCACCAUUCAGAAGACGUUUACAUACAGCCGGACGCAGGCCCAGCAUCUCUUCAUUGUUCUGAUGGAGUGCAUGAAGAAGAAAGAACUGAUAACAGUGUUUCGGAUGGGAUCAGAGGGACACCAGGACAUUGAUCUGGCCAUUCUAACAGCACUUCUGAAAGGGGCCAAUGCAUCAGCUCCAGAUCAACUGAGCCUAGCGUUGGCCUGGAACAGAGUUGACAUCGCUCGAAGCCAGAUCUUCAUUUAUGGACAGCAGUGGCCUGUGGGCUCUCUAGAGCAGUCUAUGCUGGAUGCACUGGUGCUAGACAGAGUGGACUUUGUGAAGCUGUUGAUUGAGAAUGGAGUGAGCAUGCACCGCUUCCUGACGCUGUCCAGACUCGAAGAGCUCUAUAAUACGAGGCAUGGUCCAUCCAACACUUUGUACCACCUUGUCAGAGAUGUGAAAAAGGGUAACCUGCCCCCUGACUACCGCAUCAGCCUGAUUGACAUCGGAUUGGUAAUUGAAUACCUCAUGGGCGGAGCCUAUCGCUGCAAUUACACCAGGAAGAGAUUUCGGACCCUCUAUCACAACCUUUUUGGACCCAAAAGACCAAAAGCCCUGAAGCUGCUUGGAAUGGAGGAUGACAUGCCCAUUAGGCGAGGACGUCAGAAGACCACAAGGAAGCGAGAGGAGGAAGUAGACAUUGACCUGGAUGACCCAGAAAUCAAUCACUUCCCUUUCCCUUUCCAUGAGCUGAUGGUUUGGGCAGUGCUGAUGAAGCGGCAGAAGAUGGCCCUGUUCUUCUGGCAGCAUGGCGAGGAGGCCAUGGCUAAAGCUCUGGUGGCCUGUAAGCUCUGUAAGGCAAUGGCCCACGAAGCAUCAGAGAACGACAUGGUAGAUGACAUUUCACAGGAGCUCAAUCAAAACUCCAGGGAGUUUGGUCAGCUGGCUGUUGAGCUGCUCGAUCAGUCGUAUAAGCAGGAUGAACAGAUGGCCAUGAAGCUGUUAACCUACGAGCUGAAGAACUGGAGUAAUGCCACCUGUCUGCAGCUGGCAGUGGCUGCCAAGCACAGGGACUUCAUCGCCCACACCUGUAGCCAGAUGCUUCUCACUGACAUGUGGAUGGGACGUCUGCGUAUGCGCAAGAACUCUGGCCUAAAGGUUAUCUUAGGCCUUCUUCUGCCCCCCUCCAUAUUGAGUCUUGAGUUUAAAAAUAAGGACGAGAUGUCGUAUAUGCCUCAGGAUCAGGACACCUACCUGCAGGAGAAGGAUGUGGAUGAACCUGAGAAACAAGCUAAGGAGAAAGAGGAGGAAGACAUGGAGUUCACAGUAAGAUCUUACUGUGAGACGCAGUACAACUCCGUGGCUAUGCUGGGAAACGUCAGUUCAGAAGCGUCGCGUAAGAAACGGGUGGAAGAGGUUCAGAACCGUCAUCGACUGAUUCCAGUGGGUCGCAAAAUUUACGAGUUUUACAACGCCCCUAUCGUCAAGUUCUGGUUUCACACGUUGGCUUAUGUAGGAUACUUGAUGCUCUUCAACUAUAUUGUUCUGGUGAAGAUGGACCUGUGGCCCUCUCCUCAGGAGUGGAUUGUUAUUGCCUACAUUUUCACCAAUGGCAUCGAGAAGAUGAGAGAGAUCCUCAUGUCAGAGCCAGGGAAGCUCCUGCAGAAGGUGAAAGUGUGGUUGCAGGAGUACUGGAACAUCACUGACCUCAUGGCCAUCCUCAUCUUCUCCAUCGGGAUGGUGCUUCGCCUGCAAGACCCGCCCCUGAUGAGCUACGGGAGGGUCAUUUACUGUGUCAAUAUCAUCUAUUGGUACAUAAGACUGCUUGACAUCUUUGGAGUGAACAAAUACCUGGGUCCAUACGUCAUGAUGAUCGGCAAGAUGAUGAUUGACAUGAUGUAUUUUGUGAUCAUCAUGUUGGUGGUGCUGAUGAGUUUCGGAGUGGCGCGGCAGGCUAUCCUCAAUCCCAAUGAGGACCCGUCCUGGAUGCUGGCACGCAACAUCUUCUUCAUGCCGUACUGGAUGAUCUACGGAGAGGUGUUUGCUGACCAAAUCGACCCUCCAUGUGGCCAGAACAUCACCACAGAGGAAGGAGUCAUCGUGCCUCUCCCACCCUGCAAAACCGGAGCUUGGAUUGUUCCUGCCAUCAUGGCCUGCUACUUGCUGGUGGCCAACAUCCUUCUGGUUAAUUUGCUCAUUGCUGUCUUUAAUAACACAUUCUUUGAAGUGAAGUCCAUCUCCAACCAGGUGUGGAAGUUCCAGAGGUACCAGCUGAUCAUGACCUUCCAUGAACGUCCUGUCCUUCCUCCUCCUCUCAUCAUUUUCAGCCACAUAACUAUGGUCCUCAAACACCUUUGCUGUCGCUGGAGAAAACAUGAUGAGGAUGAGCGGGACUAUGGGCUGAAGCUCUUCAUUACUGAAGAUGAACUGAAGAAGGUACAUGACUUUGAAGAGCAGUGCGUGGAGGAGUAUUUCAGAGAGAAAGAUGACCGCUUCAAUUCUUCCAAUGAUGAGAGAAUACGUGUAACAUCUGAAAGGGUGGAGAACAUGGCAAUGCGUUUGGAGGAAGUGAAUGAGAGGGAACAUUUCAUGAAAGCAUCUCUGCAGACUGUGGAUAUCCGACUCGCCCAGAUGGAGGAGAUGAUCAGCCGCAUUGCUGUGGCACUGGAGCGAGUUACUGGUAUGGAUCGAGGCGAAGUCAACAAAGCCCGGUCCAGGACAUCAUCUGACUGCACGGAUACAAAUUACAUCCUGCGCCAGAGCAGUUUCAACAGCCAAGAAGGCAAUUCCUACAGGCUGCAAGAGUCUCUGGAGCAGGGUGGCGAGGAAUCCAUUUCCCCUACAUCUCCGACCACUCUGGCCCCGCGUGUCCGCAGCCACUCCUUCUACGUAAGCCACUCCUCCAAGGAUAGAAGCGGAGCAGAUCGAGGAGAAGGCUUCUUUAAAGACAGAUUGUUCGGCCUCCAUCGGGCCAACAGCUCACAGUCUGUGUCCUCAGGAGCAGGUCCCAAAGAGUCCAAGCCCACACCUUUGAAUACUUUAUCUGUGCAGCAGCAGCUUCGCCCUUCUUCCUGCAUAGACAUCUAUGUUUCUGCCUCAGAGGACGUCCCGCCCACUGAGAGCUUCUUGGAGCCGGUCCGGACAGUUCCAUCUCUCGCUCGAGACUCAUCUCUCCAUUCUGAGAUCAUGGAGGUGGUGCUCUCAGGGGGGAGGGACUGCAGCGGAAGGGCAGGGGGCAGUGAAAGACAGUCGGAUGGUACGGUCCUGUUUGAGGACAGCGCUGCCGCUGACCUAUCGCUCUGCUCUGCCCACCUGCUGCCGGAUACCUUGCCCCCCUGGGACCUGGACCCCUCGCCGCCACCAUCGGCUGGCGUUCUCGAGCGGUCUAAGAGCAGCCGCUUCCUGUCUGCAGCAGGGCCUUUGUUUCUGGACGAGCCACCACUGGUUAAGUCGCACAGCCUGAUGUUCACGUCACGUGGCUACUAUGGCGGCAUGGGCGUGCAGGUGAAGGCGGCCGAAUAUACCAGCAUAACAGAUUGCAUCGACACCCGUUGCGUCUCUACCCCUUACCCUGUCCCAGAGAGGUCUGACUCACCUGGAGGCUCUUUCACGUUCGAUAAGCCCCAGGACCUGGGCGUCUCACACCCCGAGAGAGACGCCGAGCUCAGUCACGCAGAAUCUGAUCCGGAGGAACCCGCAGAGGGGUCAGCAGACACAGGUAAGCGAGGUCAAAGCAGCAGUGGGGGAAUAAGCACAGACCUGGGCUUGGGCCUCGCGCUGGGCCCAUUUUGUUCGCCGAUUUCUAGACUAGAGCGAGCAAACAGCUGCUCCUCUUCGGAGGAGUCCCACUCCAACAUCUACUCCCGAAAGAGCUUCUCCAUUAGUGAGAGAAUGGACAAGGGUCGUGGAAGCUCAAGGAAUCCUUUCCAGAAGGCCAGAGCCGGGGCAAGGCUGGAGGGUAAGACAGACUCGCUGUCCAUGAGGAAACCGGCCAAACCCUCGGCGUUCCGAAGUUUUGACAGCAGACACAAUUACACGUGAUGAUGGCAUACCAGUAGUGAUGCCACUGUAGAUCUAGUUCCUGUAGGAUGGCUCUACCUCGUUUAAAAUCCAAGGGCCAGUCCGUUAAUUAGUACUGUCUGAGUGAGUAAUUAGCUGUACACUGGAAUGUUUUAUCAUGGGUAUCAACUUUUCUGUUAUAACACUGCAAUGCAAAAUUUUCUUUAGAAUUCAUAUACUCAGAAGAUGACCACUGCCCUUAGGCCAACAUUAUUUCCCAGCCGAGGUGAAAACCUUGAGAUUAUGGGCCUGUUAACACUAAGAUGAAUGUUCGGUAUGAAAAAAAAAUGUCAUUUGAGUGAACGGCUGUUAAUGCAGAAUUUUAUUUUUGGAGAGGUUUCCAUAUCUUUUUCAUUACACUGCAAAAAAAAACAAAAAAACUGGCCAACCAAUAAGCUUUUUGAUCACAUGCCCACAGCCACUGCUGUUACAUAAACUACAAUUUAAGGGGUGGUCACAAUACACUUUUCAUUCCAUUCAUACGCAAGCGAAUAAACACUCCAUUCCAAAGUGUUAGAUUGGUCAACUCUGAUAUGCGAUCAGAAUGUAACGGCAUGACCUCAUAGCUGAAUUAAAAGAACAUACAUUUUUUUUAAGUGUUGAAUUUAAGUUUUUUAAAAGACACUUUAGAGCAGGGCUAUUCAGUUAACUUCAUUUGAGGGCCGGAUUAUUGAAUUGAACAUUUGAAGGGGGCCAAAGGGGUGGGGGGCCGUCCCGAUCUUUUUCUGGGGGGCCUAUAAAAUUGGAAUUUAAAUUUAAAUGCAUAUUCAGCAGUAAAAUUAACUAAUAUUACAAAUAGUAACAUCUAUAAAAGGUUAACAUUAGUGCUGUCUGCCAUUCAUUUAAAAAAAUAAUCACACAUUUUUUCUGUAAUUAAUUCAAAAAAUGUGACUAAACGCAUAUUAAUAUAUUUGUUGUCAUAUUUUCACACUGAACUUCCAAAUUAAUAUAGAAACAACAUAAAGAUGGUAUAUUUUAAAUAUGUGUUUAAUGGCAUCUUUUUACUAGCCUAUUAUUAAUGAAGUAUCAUUAAUACAAAUAAUGUUACUGUUGUCUCUAUUAAAUCCAUUUUUCCUUUAAUUUUAGCCAUUAAUUAUAGCCAUUUAAUAUUACAAUAUAAUUCAAAUGUUAUAUUAUUUUUAACAUUUAAUAGGCUUUGAAAAAUAUAACUUUUUAUAAGUGAACUUAAAACAAUCUUCACAUAAACUAUGAAUUGUAUGCAUAAGCUAUAUUGAUUAUUCUUUAUUCAAGCUACAAAAGUUAAUCAGCAAGCAGAGCAGUCAAGUGAUUUCUCUUUGAUUUACAUCAAUCACAGACUGCAGCAGGUUUCACUUUGAAAGCAGCACUGUGUCUUUAAUAAAACCUGAUGCACAUGACGCGGAUGUGACACAUAUCCAAUUUUCUCCUAACUCUUUACAGUCAUGUAGGAUUUUAUAACUGAUUUAAGACUGUGUUUAUGAGGUAACUCGCCAAAACCACGUAUUUUUACAUCAUUGUGUGUGGUUUUGUCCAUUGAAGUGCUGGCGUGCUUGUCUGAAGUUUCAGUUUAUGAGUACAGCAAAACGUGCAGAUUUUCAAACUAUACUUCCUGCUUUGAUAAAAAUCUUCGAAGGGUUGGCGCUAUUUCUCGCCAGAAGUUAUGACCGAUAACACUGUCUUUAAACUUGUUUAAACUAAUCCAGAAUUGUGGAUAUCUCAUAACUCCCUCACAUAAGCGCUUGUCAAAACUGCCAUCUAUUGAUAUUGUGGUCUCCGGUAGAUUGUUGUUAUUGUGUCUCUCCCUUUUCUUUUUUGCUGGCCCGGGCCAGUGUUGCCACUUUGUGGACAAACUAAUUAGUGCAAGAACAAUUCAAGGCGAAUGUGCAACCUGCGUACGCAUCCUCGGGGCGGAUGAAGAUGAUUGGCGGGCCGGAUUGGGCCCGCAGGCCACCAGUUGUAUAGCCCUGCUUUAGAGUAUGACAUCAGACAGUUGUAGUGUCUGAAGAAAUUGUUUAUGCUCAAAGUAUGAUGUCGGCUUUAGUGGCGCUCAGCAACAUACAAUUUUGCAGAUCCUUCCUCUGAUAUUUAUUGUUGCUUUGGAACCAACUCUUGGCUCUGUACAUCUGUAUUUGGUGUUGUUUGAUUACGACGGCAUUUUAGUGCCACGUUAAAAAUUUUUAAAAAUCUAAAAUUACGAGAAUAAAGUCGAAAUGUUUC